CUUCACGCCGGCAACCAUCGGUAGAGGAACGAUCUAUAUGUGACGCUGAUUUCUUGUCGUGUUUUGACUUAUUUUCAUUAUUCUUAUUCUUCUUCUCAUUCUUCUUCUUCUUCUUCUACUACUACUUCUUCUUCUUCUUAUUAUUAUUAUUAUUCUUUUACCUGUUUAAUCUCCUUUACCUUUAUCACCUGAGGCAUCCUCACUUUCUCGUGAACAGGCUACCUUACACCAUUCUUCUAUUAUCCACAAAACAGACGUCGUGCCGGUCAACAUGCGCUCCUUGCUAAUGAUCGCGAUCGUUGGCCUUGUCCAGGGUCAAGAAUACUUUCGAGUACCCGAAAAGGUGCUAAGCGAAUCACGCGACCUUGGGGAUACUCGAGGUCAUUACUCGUUCGCUUACGAGACCGAGGGUGGAAUUCUUCAGAAAGAAAGUGGUAGCAGGAAAUAUGCUGGUACACCGGACGAGACUCAGUUGAUACAAGGAUCGGUACAGUACAAUGCACCCGAUGGAACACCCAUUGCCAUGAGUUGGACCGCUGAUGAGUUUGGUACUCAAGUAUCUGGUACUCAUAUUCCAACCCCACCACCAAUUCCACCGGCUAUUCAACGAGCUCUCGAGUGGAUUGCAAAACAACCUUCGACCAGCGAACAACCGGAUCCACCUCAACCACACCAACAACAACAGCCGAAGCAACAAUCCACUUACAGUCAAAAUGCUGUUAUCAAUGCAAACGUUAAUCGUCCUAACCGAGUGUUUCCGAAUAAACGAUUCUGAAUCACAUAGUAUUUUAAAAGUUAUGCUAGACGUUAGAUUCGUCUGAUCGCGAGAUUCCUUUUAUGUAUAUUUUUUUAAUAAACUUUUGUCGAAUUUUUUAUUUAUAUAUAUAUAUAU